GUUUAGUAUUCGUUCGGUACUAGCCUAGUCUAGAUCCUCUCACAAGGAUAUUUUCAAUUUCGUAUCCUUUAAACUAAAAAAAAAUAAUAUAUACUUGUUGAUUAAGGUUUAUGUCUGUUUAAAAGGAUUUCGUCAUCGGUUAGAAAUAGAUUCUUGUUUUUCUAAGAAGACAUCGAGAGAAACUAAAUAGAAAAAAAUAACAAAAAAUGUCAAGUGACGAUGAAGAUAUUUUUAAAGUUGAUCCUGAAACAGCUUGGUUGGAAGAAGAAACAAUUGGUGGAUUUCGCGUUUGGCACAUAAUGGCAAUAUGCCUGGCAAUUCUACUAAGUAUUAUUAUAAUUGUUUGCUGUUGUAUACGUUUUCGUAUUCCAAGGACGAAACAGGAAAUCGAGGCGGACUAUCAGCGGAAACAACUAACGAAAAAGUUUCGCGAAAAAUUGGCGCAAAUAAAAAACUCGGAAAUGGAUAAUAUGGAUUUACAAAAAGCUCUUGCAAGGAUCCAAUCGGACUACCUAUCCCAUCACAAUAGCAAAGAAAAUCUUAUGAGAGAUGAUACUAAAUUGGCAAACACAAUACAGAAUCCAGUUUAAAUAAUAAUACAAUAAUAGAAAAUAAAGAAAGAGUAUUAAUGAUAUAUAAUUUUUUAAUGUUAUAAAAAUUGUAAUUUACAAAGAGAGAAAAAAAAGUUAGAAUAUUAAAAAAUAUAAAAGAUAAAACACAGUAUAUCACAAAAAAAUGUACACAACAUUUUAAAAUAUAAACAAAAAAAUUGACAAUUAAAACGCACGUCUUUAAGUUCUGUUUGAAUAAUUUCAUUUUUAUUACUUUUACUUUUUGUUGCUUAAAUUGGAUGAUUUUUUGUUUAAUUUCAUGGGCAGCAUUGUUUUUGUUCUCUGUUUAGUUUGUUCAUCUAAUAAUUAG